CGGAUCCAUUUCUGCGUCCAUCUCUCUGCUCCACAGCUGCAGCAGCGGACCGGGAUGGCCUCCCGUCAGUAGCUGCGUCGCCUCCCGUACGCAUAGAGACUCUGAUUUUUAAGAUCCUGUUGCCAUGUCUGAUUUCAUCGAAAGUGAGGCAGAGGAGUCUGAGGAGGAAUUAUUCGAGAGGCCGGGUGAUGGGAAGAAGGCACAGAAACAUGGGGACGUUGAUGAUGAGGAGGAAGAGGAGGAGGACAACACCGAGGAUCAAGAUGAGCAUGGAAACCUUCGAGGUCUCAUUGAUGAUGAUGUCGACAGAGAUGGGGAUGAAGAGGAGGAGGAAGAGGACAAGAGGGUCGAAGAGGAAGAAAGUGACUCCGGGGAAGAGAUAGGGCACCGCAAAAGGAAGCGAAGUUACGAUGACCGCCUGGAUGAUGAUGAUAUUGAUCUCAUUGAAGAGAACCUGGGAGUAAAAGUGAAAAGGCAAAAGUUCAGACGUUUGCGAGACAUGUCCGAGGAUGAGGAUGAGGAAGGGGAUGAUGAUGUCAGAGAGGCCCAUGAGAAGGAUAUGAUAGCAGAUGAGAUCUUCAUGGGAGUGAGUGGCAUGGACGAUCACGACGCAGCGGUGGAUGUGCCUUUACAUCCUGCGGAAGAUGAGGAGGAAGAGGAGGAAUCUGAUAUCGAUGACUUCAUUGUGGACGAUGAUGGUCAACCUCUGAAGAAGCCCAAAUGGAGGAAGAAGCUGCCAGGAUACACGGACGCAGCUCUUCAGGAGGCCCAGGAGAUAUUCGGAGGGGAUUUUGACUUUGCAGAUUUCGACACAGAGGCCUACGACGAUGUAGAGGAUGACGAGGAGGAUGCAGAAGAGGAGUCCUGGGACCGGCCCAAGAAGCAGGCCAAAAAGAGGGCGGGCCGUCGCAGCAUUUUCGAGAUUUAUGAGCCCAGUGAGCUGGAGAGCAGUCACAUGACGGACCAGGACAACGAGAUCCGCUCCACAGACAUGCCUGAGAGGUUCCAGUUGCGAUCGCUUCCUGUAAAGCCUGCAGAGGACGAUGAGCUGGAGGAGGAGGCUGAGUGGAUCUACAGGAAUGCCUUCUCCACUCCCACAAUCUCCAUGCAGGAGAACACAGACUACUUGGAGAGAGGCCCUGCCACCAAUUUCAGCAAAAAAGGUCCAAGCAUGAUCCAAAAGAUAAAAGAAGCUCUGAAUUUUAUGAGAAACCAACACUUUGAGGUUCCCUUCAUAGCCUUCUACAGGAAAGAGUAUGUGGAGCCAGAACUCAAUAUAAAUGACCUGUGGAAGGUGUGGCAGUGGGACGAAAAGUGGACUCAGCUGAGGACCCGCAAGCAGAACCUGACCCGACUGUUUCAGAGGAUGCAGGCUUUCCAGUUUGAGCAGAUCUCCGCAGAUCCAGACAAACCACUGUCUGACGGCAUCCGUCCCCUCGACACCGCCGACCUGGAAAGGUUAAAGAACGUCCAGUCUAGCGACGAACUGAGUGACGUCUACAACCACUUCCUGCUGUACUAUGGCCGCGACAUACCAAAGAUGCAAAACGCGGUCAGGUCUAGUACGAAGAAACUGAAAAGGAUUAAAGAAGUGGAUGAAGACAGAGAGCACGAACCAGAGGAAAAAGAGCAAGAGGAAGAGGAGGAGGAGCAGCAGAUGAAGGGGCCUGACCUGAAGCUGGCAUCUCGCAGGGACAUGUACAGUAUCUGCCAGACGGCUGGACUCGAUGGCCUGGCGAAGAAAUUUGGUCUGACUCCAGAGCAGUUUGGAGAGAAUCUGCGUGACAGUUACCAACGCCACGAGACGGAGCAGUUUCCCGCAGAGCCUCUGGAGCUCGCCAAGGACUACAUCUGCAGUCAGUUCAGCACAGCAGAGGCAGUGCUGGAGGGCACUCGUUACAUGGUGGCCAUGCAGAUCGCCCGGGAGCCUCUGGUCAGACACGUGCUGCGACAGACCUUCCAGGAGAGGGCCAAGAUCAACAUCAAACCCACCAAGAAAGGCAAAAAGGAUAUCGAUGAGGCGCACUAUGGUUACUCAUUCAAGUACCUGAAGAACAAGCCGGUGAAGGAGCUGAACGGAGACCAGUUCCUCAGGAUGUGUCAGGCGGAGGAGGAGGGACUGCUCACCAUCAGCAUCUGCAUUGACCUGAUAGGAGUGAAGGGGUAUGGUGACCAGACGUACUUUGAGGAGAUCAAGCAGUUUUAUUACCGAGACGAGUUCAGCCACCAGGUUCAGGAGUGGAAUCGGCAGCGCACCCUGGCCAUCGAGCGCUCCCUCAAGCAGUUCCUCUACCCGCAGAUGGCCAAAGAGCUGAAGAACAAGCUGAUAGCUGAGGCGAAGGAGAACAUCAUCAAGGCCUGCAGCAGGAAGCUGUAUAACUGGCUGAAGGUGGCGCCCUAUCGUCCUGACCAGCAGCUGGAGGAGGAGGAAGAUGAAGACCUGAUGGCCGAGGCCCAGAGCAAGGGGAUCCGUGUCCUGGGCGUGGCCUUCGCAUCCAGCAGAGAUACUCCGGUGUUCUGUGCCUUAGUGAACGGUGACGGAGAGAUGGGGGAUUUCCUGAGGCUUCCCUACUUUCUGAAGAGGAGAAACGCAUGGAGAGAGGAUGAGAGGGAGAGGAAGCUCCAAGAUAUUGACAGCUUGAAGAAGUUCCUGAGCACCAAGAAGCCUCACAUGAUCGCCGUGUCCGGAGAGAACAGGGAUGCCCAGCUGGUCAUCGACGACAUAAAGCGCACUGUCAGUGAGCUGGAGCAGGAGUCCUCGUUUCCCUCCAUAGCUGUGGAGCUGGUGGACAACGAGCUCGCCAUCCUCUACAUGAACAGCAAGAAGUCCGAGGCAGAUUUCCGGGAUUACCCUCCCCUCCUGAGACAAGCUGUAUCCGUAGCCAGGAAGAUCCAGGAUCCUCUUGUCGAGUACGCACAGGUGUGCAGCAGUGACGAGGACAUCCUGUGUCUCAAACUGCACCCCCUUCAGGAUAACGUGGGGAAGGAGGAUCUGCUGAACGCUUUGCAGUGUGAGUUCAUCAACCGGGUCAAUGAGGUGGGUGUGGAUGUGAACCGAGCCAUGGCCCACCCCUACACCCAGAGUCUGGUCCAGUACAUCUGUGGCCUCGGCCCGAGGAAGGGCGCCCAUCUUCUGAAGAUCCUGAAGCAGAACAACACCCGUUUGGAAAAUCGUACUCAGCUGGUCACUACGUGUCACAUGGGUCCCAAAGUCUUCAUCAACUGUGCAGGAUUCAUUAAGAUCGACACGGCCUCUCUGGGAGACAGCACGGACUCCUACAUCGAGGUUCUGGACGGUUCGCGGGUUCACCCCGAGACCUACGAGUGGGCGCGCAAGAUGGCCGUGGACGCCUUGGAGUAUGACGAGUCAGCGGAGGACGCCAACCCAGCAGGAGCUCUGGAGGAGAUCCUGGAAAACCCGGAGCGACUCAAAGACCUGGAUCUGGAUGCUUUUGCCGAAGAGCUGGAGAGGCAGGGUUAUGGAAACAAGGGCAUCACUCUGUAUGAUAUCCGCGCCGAGCUGAGCUGCAGAUACAAGGAUCUCAGGUCCGCCUACAGAAGUCCUAACACCGAGGAGAUCUUCAACUUACUCACCAAAGAGACACCCGAGACCUUCUACAUAGGCAAACUGGUUACCAGUGUGGUGACUGGCAUUGCUCAUCGGCGCCCCCAAGGGGAAAGUUACGACCAAGCUAUAAGGAAUGAUGAGACGGGACUGUGGCAGUGCCCCUUCUGUCAUCAGGACAACUUCCCUGAGCUCAGCGAGGUGUGGAAUCACUUUGACAGCGGCUCCUGUCCCGGGCAGGCGAUAGGUGUGCGCUGCCGCCUGGACAACGGGGUCACAGGUUUCAUCCCCACCAAGUUCCUCAGCGACAAAGUGGUCAAGCAUCCUGAGGAAAGAGUCAAGGUGGGUAUGACCGUGCACUGCCGAAUCAUGAAGAUUGACAUCGAGAAGCUCAGUGUGGACCUCACCUGUCGGACAUCAGAUUUGACGGACAAGAACAAUGACUGGAAACUUCCUAAGGACACCUACUACGACUUUGAUACUGAGACUGAGGACAUGAAGAAGGAGGAGGAGGCCAAAAUGAAACAGCACAGAACAACCUACAUCAAGAGAGUGAUCGCCCACCCGUCUUUCCACAACAUCAACUUCAAGCAGGCGGAGAAGAUGAUGGAGUCCAUGGAUCAGGGAGAUCUGAUCAUCAGGCCGAGCAGCAAAGGGGAGAAUCACCUGACUGUCACCUGGAAGGUGGCUGAGGGGAUCUACCAGCACAUUGACGUGCGGGAGGAAGGCAAGGAGAACGCCUUCAGCCUGGGACACACCCUCUGGAUCAACAAUGAAGAAUUUGAAGAUCUGGAUGAAAUCACAGCCCGAUACGUUCAACCAAUGGCUGCGUUUGCUCGUGAUCUCCUCGGCCACAAAUAUUUUCAAGACUGCAGUGGCGGCGACAGAAAGAAAAUGGAGGAGGUCCUGGUGAAAAGCAAGAAGGAGAAGCCUACUUUCAUCCCCUACUAUGUGUCCGCCUGUCGCGAGCUGCCAGGGAAGUUUCUGCUUGGUUACCAGCCCAGAGGAAAGCCGAGGAUUGAAUUUGUGACCAUCACUCCAGAGGGGUUCAGAUACAGAGCCCAGAUUUUUCCCACAGUCAACGGACUCUUCCGCUGGUUUAAGGAUCACUACCAGGAGCCCGUGCCAGGUAUCACUCCCAGCAGCAGCAGCAGGACCCGCACUCCUGCGUCCCUCAAUGCCACGCCAGCCAACAUUAAUAUCGCAGAUCUGACCAGAGCAGUCAGCGCCCUCCCUCCCAACAUGACCUCUCAGAUGUUCAAUGCCAUCGCCGCGGUAACGGGCCAGGGUCAAAACCCUAACACGACCCCGGCCCAGUGGGCCUCCAGCCAGUACGCAUACAGUGGCAGCAGCACCGGGGGAGGGGGCAGCAGCAGCGCCUACCACGUGUUUGCCACCCCUGCCCAGCAGCCUCUUGCCACCCCCCUCAUGACGCCCAGCUACUCGUAUACCACCCCGAGCCAGCCGCAGAGCAUCAACACCCCACAGUAUCCCAGCAGCACCCCUCAGUCCUCACAUGGACACCGCCCUUCGUCCUCCACGCCAUCCUCAUCCUCCUCUCACCAGAGGACUCCACAGUUACAGCCAAAGGCAACCUCCCACACUGCCGUGGACUGGGGGAAGAUGGCCGAACAGUGGCUGCAGGAGAAGGAGGCCGAGCGCAAGAAGCAGCGACCCAGCAGGCUGACCCCGCGACCCUCGCCCAGCCCCAUGAUAGAGAGCACGCCCAUGUCGGUCACCGGAGACGCCACGCCCCUGCUGGACGAGAUGGAUCGUUAGACCUGCCCGCGCUCUGCUUCACAGCCACAGCACACCUUUAAUUGUGACAAGGGAAAUAUGCUUUUUCUUACCCACGUCGCUAUGUGAACAGGUCACAAUGAUCCAAGGGCUUUCCAGAAUAAGGCAAUACCAACCAAAAGUCCUGCUUGUGGUUCACUUUUUACCCCCGUUGCAGUAUUUGUAGAGUGGUCAUCAUUUAUCAACCUGUGUGUUGUGUGUAAUCGGUGUGCAAAGUGGAGCUGCGCUGAAACUCUUCCCUGUUUAUCCGUCUUGUAGACACAAGAGGAUACAUGUGUAUAUUUUGUUGCAUGUCUCAUUCAACAGAUUCACUGAUGCGAUCUCCAUGUCCGAAAUGUUCGGUGGGCACUUGAAGUUGCUGUGACUGUUAGCAGCUCUCCACUUGCAGAGCCGGCAGCUGUUCAUAUUUGAGCUAAAUGCUGUGUUGUUGGUGACCAGUGCAGAAUUACUAAGGCCAACUUUACAUUUGCAAUAAAACCAUUCCAUUAGCUGUAAAACAUAAAAACCUCUCCUUCCAUUUUCAGUACCAUAUUGACUGUAAGUGGAUAUAACUGAGGCCAUAAACGCUGAGAUUGCAUAGGCCUAUUUAAAGUUGGUUAUGACGUUGUGCAGCUUAAGCUGUCACAAAUUUCUAAAACGUGCUUUUCUUCUUUUUUUCCUCAAAGAAACAUACAGUUUACUUUACAAACCAGUGUCACAGAGGCUUUACUAAUAUGCAGAGAUGUGCCCCUUUUUGCCCCAUGUUAUAACACACAACCCCAAGUUACUGUAAACGUAUACACAUAUCAUAUCGCAACAUUUCAGUGUCACAAUGAGUGUGUAUAGUAUGUUCACUAUAAUUUGUUCAUAUCUUGCCUAAUAAAUGGGGCCAUUUGAAACUGCAUGCUCUAUUUGAGUAAGACUAUAAGCUUAACUUCAAAUGCAUGCAUUAAAAAUAUCAAUGAAUGGAUAAUGCAUUGAGGUUGAUGUCAAGUCAGUCAUGUAUGUUAAGAGUUCACAGCAAUAAAACGCUGUGAAGCCUUGAAAAUGAAGGGAAAUGUCUAAGAUUUUCGUGUUCACUUUCAGCCACUUCAACUCGAUCAUGUUGCGACAGUGUUCGGUUCUUGCAUCGCUGUCAUCACCCGAGGCUUUUACAGUCAUCAUGUCAGCUGCAGACGUUGCUUAGCUUGGUUGUUUUAAGCCUUAUUGUUACCUAGCUUCCGUCACGCACAAUCUGCAGGCUGAAAAUAGUAUUAGUGUGUUCCACGAUGAACAUAAUGUCGCAUAGUAUGCGUGCGUGCGGGCGUGUCAGUGUAUUAAGCUUUGUUCAUCACACCCAUAGAAAUUGUGUUUGGACCAACUCAAGUUACAAAUGUAAGACACACCUGUGAAGAAAACCUUCUAUAUUU